CAUUAGUCACGUGGUUAUCAGCUGGAAUAUUGAUAUAAACUAAAUAAAACAUUCAAACAGUCACUUCCUCAUGCGCAUCAACAGCUAUACUAUAAUACAAACCAGUAUAACUACGUUGAGUUUGUUGCAUUCACAUUUUACGUUGGUAUUCUAUCCGUGAUUAUAUGUAUAUAUAUAUAUAUAUAUAUAUAUAUAUAGAGAGAGAGAGAGAGAGAGAGUAACAUUCAUCUAAUGGUGGUAGUAGUAUAGUGGAGUGCAAUCAAACCCAGUGAAUGAAUUUCUUGUUUUUUCGCUCUCAUAUAAAUGUUUAUAAUAUUUCAAGUCAUGUGAAUCAAAUGUUGCAAUUCGUAAUCAGUUUUAACAUAAAAGAAAUGUUCUAAUUACAUUUUAAAAAAUUCAGUAAUGUAUAAUAGUAAACUACGACUGGCAAUGAUUGUAUAAAAUGACAGAUCUAGAAACUCAUGUCAAUGUUUUAAUAAAUUCUGAAGUUGAAGAAGUUAAUUAUGGUCGUGAUUCGAAUAUUGAAGAAGAAAAAUUAGUAAAAACUAGAGCUAGGAAUAAUUUUCCAUCAUAUUCCAAUGACGUCGUUAAUGUCAGAUUUAAGAAUAUUAGACAUUGUUUACAUGAUAAUACUUUUACUAAUAUAAUAGAGGAUGUGUCGAAUCGUCAAUCAAAUAGAAUUAAUAAUGAACACUUCAAACCUGGAGCUACAAAUUAUUUAUCAGCUAAUUACGAGAGUUUAGAUUACGAUACGUGUGAAAACAAUUUACUUCAAGAUGAAGAGAGAAAAAAAGGCUAUAAAUAUGUUGUUAAAAAAAAUUUCGCACGAUGGUUUAUAUUCUUAUUAAUAGGAAUAUUUACAGCAUUAGUUGCAUGUUUUAUAGAUAUUUCUAUAGAAGAAUUAUCUAAUUUAAAGUAUGGAGUUUUAAAGCAAUAUGUGGACAUUUGUUCUACAGAAAACUGUUUAUGGAUACCAUAUAUUUUAUGGUUAUUAUUUAAUAUAGGACCAGUUUUAAUAGGCGCAAUUUUAGUAGCUUAUGUAGAACCUGUAGCAGCAGGCAGUGGAAUACCUCAAAUAAAAUGUUAUUUAAAUGGAAUAAAAAUUCCACGAGUUGUGAGAAUAAAAACAUUAGCAAUAAAAUCACUAGGUGUCAUUUCGACAGUAGUUGGAGGUUUAGCUGGCGGCAAAGAAGGUCCUAUGAUCCAUUCUGGUGCAGUUGUAGCUGCUGGAAUAUCUCAAGGAAAAAGUACCACGUUCAAGAAAGAUUUUAAAAUAUUUCAGUAUUUUAGAGAAGACCAUGAAAAAAGAGAUUUUGUUGCUGGAGGUGCUGCGGCAGGAGUUUCAGCUGCUUUUGGAGCUCCAAUAGGUGGAGUAUUAUUCAGUAUAGAAGAAGGAACAAGUUUUUUUAAUCAAAGUUUAACAUGGCGAACAUUUUUUGCCAGUAUGAUAUCUACAUUUACUCUCAAUAUCAUUUUGAGUACCUAUCAUGGUCAUCCAGGAGACCUUUCAAAUCCUGGACUUUUAAAUUUAGGAAAAUUCGAUACUAUACCAUAUCAAUUUUAUGAAAUUCCUCUUUUCAUGACUGUUGGAACUGUAGGAGGCAUUUUGGGAGCACUAUGGAAUCAUAUAAAUUAUAAAAUAAGUGUGUUUCGAUUGAACUACGUUAGAAAGAAGUGGUUAAAAGUUGUUGAGGCUGUUACAGUAGCAGCUAUGACUGCUACUAUAGGCUCUUUGAUGAUCUAUUUUAUAAAUGACUGUAAGCCUUUAGGAAAAGAUCCGACUAAAUAUCCCGUUCAGAUGUUUUGUGAAGAAGGGCAAUAUAGUGCUAUUGCUGCUCUUUGGUUUCAAACGCCAGAAAGUACAGUUAGAUCAUUAUUUCAUGAUCCAAUAGGUUCUCAUAAUGAUGCAACAUUGGCUGUAUUUGUUUUUCUUUACUUUCUUUUGGCUGCGUGUACUUUUGGUUUAUCAAUGUCUUGCGGUCUUUUUAUACCUUCUCUACUAAUCGGAUCAGCUUGGGGUAGACUGAUUGGAUCUGGAUUGACGAAAUUAUUUCCAUCAUGUACAUACUUUCAUCCGGGGAAAUAUGCUCUCUUGGGAGCAGCAGCUCAAUUAGGUGGUGUUGUAAGAAUGACCAUAAGUCUAACUGUAAUUUUAAUUGAAACUACUCAAGGCAUUUCAUUUGGUCUACCAGUUAUUAUUGUUUUAAUGAUGGCUAAAUGGAUUGGUGAUUUCUUCAAUGAGGGAAUUUAUGAGAUUCAUACACAAAUGGCAGGAGUUCCUCUACUCCCAUGGGAACCACCGCCUUUAUCAAAUAAUAUUUAUGCCAGUGAGAUAAUGAGUCAUCCAGUGGUUACAUUAAAAACAACGGAGAACGUGGGACACAUUGUAGAGCUUUUAAAGUGUGUAGAUUUCAAUGGCUUUCCUGUGGUUGAUCCACCAACUGGUGAUCAGACUGAAAUAAAUUGUUAUGGAAGAUUCAGAGGUUUAAUAUUACGGUCUCAAUUAAUCGUACUUCUUCAAAAUAAAAUAUUCAAUGAAUAUUGUGAUAUGUGGGAGCAUGAUUUAUCAUUGAAAAUGUUUCGUAAUGCUUAUCCGAGAUAUCCCUGUAUUAGUGAAGUUAAUAUUACUGAACAUGAAAAAACUUUUUCUAUCGAUUUAAGACCCUUCAUGAAUCCUUCUCCUUACACACUACAGCAUUCUACAACUCUUCCGAGAGCAUUCAGACUUUUUAGAGGUCUUGGUCUUCGUCAUUUACCUGUCGUUAAUGAUGAACAUGAGGUUAUUGGAAUGAUUACACGAAAAGAUGUAGCUAGAUACAGAAUAUGGAAGUAUCUAGGAAAAAUGGGAUUAGAUGAACUUUUGAUAACAGACAAAAUGUGAACUUGAAAUAAUUUUGGACAAAAUUAACAUUACGUAUGUUAGAUUGAUUUGUAAUACUCUUUGGAUAUACAAAGUAAUAUCUACAAAAUUUUAAUUACUACAUUUAUAUUUGUAUGUCCAAAAUAUAUGUGUGUAGUUUUUUUUACUCUAAGUAAUAUUCUGAUUAUAAACAAAAAUUUUCAAUCUAUCCAAAAUAAUAUUUAUAUAAUUUUUUUAAUGUACAAAAAUUUAUUGUAUAAAUGCACAAAAUAGUAUUAUACUGCCAAAAGAUAUUGAUUUAUAGAAGGUAUAUUUAAA